UCAUCUGCAGGCACGUCAGAGAAGGAGGCACGAUCAGAAUUCAGGGUUCAUGCCUGCCAAGGGUGCGAUACGGAUGUUUCAACUUGAACUCUUCGUCGCUCGAGCCUCAGCCGAGCUCAAUCUCUUGCUUGUCAACACAUCAGAGUCGUUCGGUGGCCUAGUCACUUUGCUUAAUAGGCUACUUGUUCCGAUCUUUCCUUCGCCUCGCCGGUGCAUAUUGCUGAACAACACACAUCCACUGUGAUCGAUACCAACCACGACCGUUUCUGGGGAAAGCCCUUGAAUUCUAGCGACGCCUUUAUCUGUUUCAUUCCAGUCGACUAGCUGUGGUCGACAAGCGUCCGCCAUGACGAGUUUCGCGAAUUCUUUUUGGUCGUCGGACCAGAGUUAUGCAGGAGGAUUGGGAGUCCUCUUUGGCAAGCUCCAGCAGGGCGUGCAAGAGAAUCAGCAGGUCCUGACAAUCGCGCGUAUGCGAGCCGAGGCAGAGGAUCUUUAUGGUCUUCGUCUGGGCGAGAUCGAUGCAGCUACCAUGAAGGUUGAAGGAGGCUUCCAGAAAGAUGACGGUGCCAGUGUCAAGAAGGCCUUUGAAGGUAUGCGCUCCGAGAUGACCGAGGCGGCCAAGAACCACCGCAAGAUAGCAUCCAACAUCCGCGAGCUCGUCGUUAGUCCCUUCGCUCGCUGGUGCGAUGCCCACGCCGCUCGUGUGCAGAACUCGCAAGACGAUCUUCAAGCACGCAUUAAAGCCCACGACCGACAAGCCGAUCACGUCCGUACCUACCGCAGUCAAUACUACAACAAGUGUCGCCGCGUCGAAGAUCUGGACGAAGAAGAGAAGCUGGCCUUCCAGGACCCCCAGAGCGAGGCUGCCCAAAGCCCGAAGCCUGCCUCACACAUCCCAGUCGUGAAGUUAUCAGAGCCCGCCGACGAGGAAGACGAGCCAGAACCUAUCGAUAUUGGCGAUGUGACGUAUACCCCUGAGCAAGUUAAAAAGAUCCUCAACCACAUGCUGGAGACGAUUAAGUUGGGUGAAACCAAGGUCCCCAUUCUCGGCACGUACCACAACGUAUCGACUGGAGCCGACAUUACGGAUUACAUCCAGAAGCAUAUGAAUGGCACCAGCGUCAGCUACGCCGAGCGUAUCGGCCAGGACAUGGUCGGUCAUGGCUUCUUGAGGCUAGUCGGUAAUGUAGGAAGCACUUUCGCAAACAGCAGCCGCAUGAACUACCAGUGGCGUCCCAAGGUCUUCCAGAUUACUGGUCUUCCUGAAAGACGAGGCAUGGGUAGAUCUGCCACCGUCUCUUCGAUGAGCUCGAUCCCAGACUCGCCUGUUGGUGCCGUGGGUGAACUCUUCUCCGGCUGGAAUCCUCUGAGCAAUGCCCAUCCUGGCGAAACUCCCGCAGCAAAGUUGCGUAGAGAAGCUCGUGAGGCUGAUGAACGCUAUAAGUCUGCUGUGAGAAAGCUCGAUGCGCUCCGUUGCAACCUGGAGGAGGCCAUGGUCGAUCAUCUCAAAUUCAUGGAGCGUUGCGAGCUCGACCGUCUAAAGGCCAUCAAGAGUGUAAUCCUGGACUUUUCCGGAGCCAUCAGCAAUGUCAUUCCCAGCUUGCAGAGUACUGUCGACAACAUGAUGCUUUUCCAGGAAACUGUUCAGCCGCUAGGCGACUUGCGCUACCUCUUGGAGAAUUACAGAAUUGGCCCAUUUGUGCCAAAGGUCACGAUUUACGAGAACUACUACAACAACGUUGAUGACCAAACGUUUGGUAUUGACAUCGAAGCUCGCGCUCGUGCCGACAGGAAGCGCGUCCCUUUGAUUGUCACCACUCUGCUCAUGUUCCUCGACAACCACUACCCUGAGCUAGAAGGUGAUGAGGCUCGUCGCAGCAUUUGGCUCGUAGAUGUACCACUGGCCGCUACGCACCAUUUGCGCAACAUCCUUAACACUGGUAAAGAGACAGUCUCUCAAGACACUCUGGACCGCUACGAGAUUCCGAUUGUUGCCUCCGUCCUGAAGCUCUACCUACUUGAGCUUCCUGACUCUCUGGUCUCGGCACAUGUUUACGAGAUCAUCAAGACGAUUUACACUAGCACUGCACCGAACACAUCCGAAGGUGCCCGUAUUUCAGUCAUUCAGAGCACGCUCGGUCAGCUCAGACUUGCCAACAUCGCUACUUUGGACGCCAUCACAACCCAUUUCACACGUCUUAUUGAGCUGACAUCCGCCGAUGAAGGUUAUAUUUCAGCUCUCUCUACGUCGCUUGCUCCCUGCAUUCUUCGACCCAAGCAAGGAAACACUUUGUCACUGAACGAGAAGUUUAACUACAGGCUCGUGCGCGAUCUCUUUGCUCACAAGGAUACCAUCUUUGGAGAGCUCAAACGCCAAUCUUCCCUUACACACACCAACUCCGGUGCCUCAAGACCUCGUGCGAUUAGUACCGACGAGAGCAGACGCCGUGAGCACAUGGAGGAGCGCCAGAGAGCCAUCAUUGCUGCUGCUGAGACUCGCGGCCGCGCGUCCAGUCCAUUCAAAUCUACUUUUGGCGGUCCUCUUGGGUCCAUGCAUAAAAGAGAGCGUAGUUCAGGCGCAGAUACACGAUUCCCUGUCACCCCCUCAGCAGCAAGCACUCCUACAGACGUUCGUAACAUGAACCGAGGUAGUCUUGAGGUGCCUGGCUCUCCCAUCCGAGCUCCCGUUCUGCUGCAGUCACCACCCAAGGGAAAUGGUAAGACCGAGUCUCUGCCAUCUUCCUCUGAUUCGGUAGUGUCUGGGGAUGCUGCUGCUCCCACCACCCGUCAACGUAGCGACACCACCAAUUCAGUCAUCAUGACUCCUGGUGCCCAGAUAGAAGCUCCAGACUACCUUGCACAUGCUCAAGAACAGCAGCAUGAUGAAGAGGCCGGCAGCGAUGCUGACUCUAUCGGACCUGAGCCGAGCUCUGGUCUCAGCAACAAUCGUCAAUCUGUCGAGGUUGAGAAGCGCAACUCUUUGAACCGAACAAUGGGCCGUGUUGCUCGGAAGGGCACUGCAAGCAGUCUCUCGCGUCAGAGCCUGAUCGGUAAGCGGGAGAGUGUCGGUAGCGUCGGCACUUCGUCGUCUGGUGCCGCUGCCGCACCUGCUGCCGACUUUACUGACAGUCCCGUCGACGUCUCUGAGCGUGCUAAGGAAGAGGCUCUGGCUCAUCGUGGCGUCGAGCUCGUUGACAAGCCCAUGGAUGAUGAUUAGGAAUGAUCUUCAAGAAUCUUGAAACGAACCGAAACGUGCACAUGAGCGUGCUGCUGGACCUCUUUCGUUGUCCUUGUUAGAAAUGUUGUUUAUUCUUUCCUCAUCUACCUUUGAUGGUCUUGUUACUCUUUCCUCUUUUAUUUCAUCGCAGGAUAUCCCAAGCGAACCAUCUUCAUAUCAUGAGCAUGACUGCGCUUUUGAACAGUCAAUUAGAUUUGCUGUCUUCUCGAAUUAUAUACUUGAUCAUGCUUCUAUUUUCUGCCUCCAAUAAAUCGAUGACGUAAUAGAC